AGCGGUGUGUGGAGAUGGCUGAGGACAAGGAGCAGCAAAUUCAAGAGACAAGAAAAAGGUUUACUCAGGAGUAUCUGCAAGAUAAGGCUGACAAGUAUGAUUCUCGUGAUGUGGACAGACUACAGACCGACGACGCCUUGGUGGAAAACUACCUGAUGUGGAGGCACUAUGUAACGGAGGAUGCUCUGAAGAUGAUAGAUGAAAGCCUGAAAUGGAGGAAAGAAAUUGGUGUGAAUGACUUGAGUGAAUCCACUAUUCCUAAGUGGUGUUUUGAGACUGGAGCAACUUAUCUGCAUGGAUACGACAAAGAAGGAAAUAAAUUGUUGUGGCUCAGGGUAAAGCUCCAUGUACGUGAUGGUAAAACAAAUGAGGACAAGAAAAAGUUUGUGGCAUUUUGGUUGGAGCGCUAUGCCAGGAGAGAACCAGGAAAGCUGCUAACUGUUGUUUUUGACAUGCUUGACUCUGGAUUAAGCAAUAUAGAUAUGGAUUUUGUUCGGUUUGUUAUCAACUCUUUUAAGACCUACUACCCCAGAUAUCUGUCUAAGAUGGUAGUCUUUGAAAUGCCAUGGAUAUUGAAUGCUGCCUUCAAAAUUGUGAAAAGUUGGCUUGGUCCAGAGGCUAUAAAUGUGCUGAAAUUUGUGAAUAAGAAUCAAGUUCAGGACUACAUCAGCAUUGAAUACUUGCCACCACACAUGGGAGGAACUGAUCCCUUCAAGUACAGUUAUCCUCCAUUACCCGACGAUGACUUUCAAACGCCGUUGUGUGAGAAUGGUCCAAUAGCAAGUGAAGACGAUUCUGAAAGCAAACUGAGCGAAUCAGAUCUCCGUGACUCAGUCGAUUCAAUCGUGCCAAAAAAGAUGAGCAUCAAUGAAGACCAAAUUAAACAGGAGGAUUUAGACAAAAAUGAUAUAAAGCAAAAAAACAACCGGAAGGCAUCAACAGUUUUUAAAGGGCCUUUCUUGCAUAUCAGUCCAGCAGAAGAGCUGCAUUUUGGGUCCAAGGAAAGUGGGGAGCGAAAAUGUAUCAUCGUGCUGAGUAAUGUAACAAAAAACACAGUGGCAUUUAAGGUGAGGACAACUGCUCCUGAAAAAUACAGAGUCAAACCAAGUAACAGUAGUUGUGAACCAGGAUCGACGGUUGAUAUUGUUGUGUCUCUGCACGCAGCCUUUGUAGCCUCUCUUCAGGACAGAUUCUUAGUAAUGGCGGCCGAAAUGGAACAGCCCUCCAGUGCCAGCACACAAGAACUUGCACAGUUUUGGAAGGAGCUGCCCAGGAGUAAAGUUAUGGAGCAUAGGUUAAGAUGCCAUGUUAUUGAAAAUAGCAAGCCAUCGUCAUUAAUCCUGAAAUCAAACACCUUAAACCACACUAUAUCAGACAGUGACGAUUUGCAUUUUAAGCUGAAUCAGCUGUUGGAAACGAACAGAAGAUUAGAAGCACGGAUUGGACGCUGUAUCUGGUUUCAGCAUAUGUUAGCCGCCUUAUUAUCCAUUCUGGUUGCCAUUGUUGCUGCAGGAGUGUAUAAGAUGAAACACCAGGACUGUUAAAUGUGUCCUUCUUCUACCAGUUCCGCUGCCUACGACACCACCUGUGAGAAUAAUGGAUCUGCCCCCCCCCACAUGACCAAAGUUGCCUUCGAAGCAGUGUUAUGUUAUUUAAGAAAACUGUUUCAUAAAGAAGUUACAGCGUUCUCCAGACGUAUCGAUAAUGCCAAUAUUUGGUGUAACUUUGCUUGUUGUUUCAGUUGUGAAGCUCUACUUGUAGCUGCAAAAAAUGUGAACGAUUUUGUUUUCUAAUAAUAAAGGCCAUACAGAUCUUAGAAACGGCUGCCGUCAUGACCCUGAACGUUAUAUUAAUAUAAGCCUUGGAUACUUCUCAAGGUAAUAUUUAAGUUCUAAGCAGAUGUUGGCUACAAGAAUGCACUACAGAAUUCUUAUGGAACCUGUGAAUUUACCAUGUAGACGACUGCGCACCUUUAAGCAAGCUUGCUUAUUUCUCUAUACUAGUUUCCAAAUUUGAUCUUUGUUGCCAUAGCUCUUACAUACCAUGAAUCCUCGAGCCAUCAGUUGUCCAGUGUAAUCACUGUUAUCACUAAUAAAUUAGUGCUGAACAUUUGCUUUGAUGGAGUCCGUGUGAAUAUCUCAAUGGUGGGGAUCCCGUGAAUCAGUGGAUUUAGAUGCUUUAAUACAAUACUGUGCUACAGUAGAACUUAGUGACGUUGCCAUUGGCUUUCGUUUGCUCUUCUCAUAGAUAAAACCCAGGAACCUCCAGAGGCCAUUUGUUAAGAAGGAUUGUAUUGAUAGGACAUUGCUGUUACUUGGUUUGAAGGAUGAAUGCAUAUAGUGCAUCUAGCCAAUUAUAACCUCAGGUUUCAGCCCCUCCUUUUCCUGCUGCUACUCAUAAUGUAAAUAAAUGUUUUUAAGAUACUA